CAUUUAGCUGUCAACUCACGCAACUCUCUUAAAUCUCCUUAACUUUCUUUCUUCUCGCAAUUCUCAUCUCCUCACCACACAAAACAUCCGUUAGAGAGAGAGAGAGAGAGAGGCAGAUUUCUCACAAGAAACUUCAACCAUGGCGGCAACUGUUUCAUCGGUCUGGGCCAAGCCUGGUGCUUGGGCUUUGGACUCUGAAGAACACGAAGAUGAGCUUAAACAACAGAUCAUGGCUCCACCCUCUAUACCCGAACCACCCGCCUCCGAUUUCCCUUCUUUAGCCGCUGCAGCCGCCGCUAAACCCAAGAAAAAGAACAAGAACAAGGGUCAAACCCUUUCAUUAGCCGAGUUUAGUACUUAUUCGGCUCCUAAGCCGUCAUCUUUUGAGUCAAAGAGGCUUACCCAAGAUGAGAUUCUUAUCCUUCCUACUGGUCCACGUGAAAAAACUGCUGAAGAGCUUGAAAGACCUCGUCUUGGUGGUGGAUUUAGAAACUACGGCGGCGGAGUUGGUGGGGAUAAUUCUAGGGUUAGGGUUUCCGAAAGGAAUUCUAAUAGGGAAAGAGAUUUGGGCCCUUCACGGGCUGAUGAGGUUGAUGAUUGGUCUAAGACAAAGAAAUUCAAUUCUUUUGGCGGUGGGUCGAUUGAUAGGCCUGAUAGAAGAGAAAAGGUUGGGUUUUUUAAUUCAAGUAGGGCUGAUGAGGUAGAUAAUUGGGGGGCUAAUAAAAGCUAUGUUACUCCACCGGAGGGUCCGAGAAGAGAGAGACGGAUGGGGUUUGAGUCAUACUCAAAUGGGUCGGGUGCAGAUUCGGGUAAUUGGUUGAAAAAGAAGGAGGAGAGAGGUAAUGUGGGUGGUGGUGUUGAGGCGGAUACUUGGGGAAGGAGAGAAAGUAAUGGGCUUGGUUCUGGUGCUGGAAGUGGAAGACCCAGAUUGAAUUUACAGCCAAGAACAUUGCCUGUUGUUAGUAAUAAUAAUAGCAAUGGAGGGCAGAGUGUUACUCCAACAGAGACGAAGGCCAAAGGGGCGAAUCCGUUUGGCGAGGCGAGACCAAGGGAGGAAGUAUUGGCGGAGAAAGGGAAAGAUUGGAAGGAAAUCGAUGAGAAAUUGGAGGCAGUGAAGAUGAAGGAGGUGAGUAAUGAUGAUAAGAGUGAAGUUUUUGGUAGAAAGAGGGGUUUUGGGAUGGGAAGGCCCGAGUCAAGUGACAAUGUUAGGAGUUGGAGGAAGCCUGACUCUGCUGCAGAUGCUGUUAGUUCGCCUUCUGGAUUGAGUGCGGAUGCAACCGAGAACAGUGGCAAUACCGCUGAAAAUACUGCUGAGAGCGCUGAGAAGGUUCCGGAAGAGAAUUGAAAGAUCAUCAUUAACGACAGAAUGGCAAAAUGAGGAGCGGAAUCGUGUCAUGUGGAGAUUCAAUUUUGAUAGCUGUCUUAGUUAGGUACAUUCUUUAGUGCCUAUAACUGAAAAGGCCUAUAGUGUUCGCACCUUUUUUUUAAAUACUUUUGUAGGUAGUAUGGUGAUGAACUGAACUUCGUAUCGUCAUGUAUGUUUCAAUUAAAAAUACAGUUUUGUUGCUUUUGAUUGAUCUGGUCCAGCAGGAUUUUUUGGUGUAAUAGUUCUACUAAUGAGUUAUUGAUUGAUGAAUGAUGGUGUAUUAGAGCCAAUAACAGACUUGUGUUGUGGAUGGGUGUUAUUUUGUGAAUGGGAAUGUUAUUUUGUUAUUCUGAUUGCAACAUGUUAUCUUGCUUCGAUGGGUGUACACAACAUUUCAUUGACCCGAUGCCAUUAAAUGGUGUGUGCCCACCUAAGGUGGAGUUUGGGAGUGUCGAAUGUACAUAAUCGAACCUUGUUAUACACUUUGUUCGUGAUAAUACAACGGUUGUUUCCGAUUGACCUUUGGUAGUAA